AUGUCCAAUGGUAUUCCCACUACGCCGCUUUGGGGGUUGACGAUAUCAUGCGGACUCUGCUUGGCGUAUAUUUUCUGGCCCCAUAGAGUGGUCUCACCACUUGCAAAGAGGAGGUACUUGCGGAGCACAGGAAAAGCGGGUAUAUGGUGUUGGGAGAAGAGAAAUCAACCCAAUCAAAGAGCACACGGUAGGUACAUUCCCCUCGCUUCUCUUCCUCUCGCGCCGCAGCCACCCACCUCUGGUGCCCACGGCAAGCUCGCGUCAACAAUCGCUCAACACCAAGGGGCUGAAUGCCUCGCCAAAGUGGUACAGAGGGGCACGAGGGACACCCCUUGGAGCCGUGGUACAGCCACUAAACAGGCUGUCCAUGCAAGCCUGAAUACUCGGACCGGGGUAAUGCAGGGGCGGAUAGAGCAAAUCGAGCGGGGCAAUGAGGUGGCGAGGCUGCAGAGCGCAGCGGAGGAGUAUGCGUUGGCCAAGAAGGAGAAGCAGGAGCAUUGA